UUUCAUUUGCAAUGGUUGUCAUCCUAUGAGAAGGAUUCAACAAUCAACAUGUUGGUGAUAUUACUGCUCUUUGCAGUGGGCAGUACAACCGCAGACAGGUAUUAUUUCAUCUCAGCCCCCAACGUAUUCCACGUUGGUGAACCGGAGAAGGUUUCAGUUCUUUUGACCGGCAUCGAUUCACCAGCUACUGUACAUAUGCACAUGCAAGACUAUCCACACAGAAAGAAAACUUUCUCCCAAGUGCAAGCUGUCUUUACCAAAGAUAAACCAGGGUACCUAACAGUCAAGGUGACUCCAGCUGACCUUCCCGACCAAGGCUCUCGUGACAAGCAGUACGUGUACUUGGUAGCGACAUGUAACCAUGCACAGUUGACGUUUAAAAAGGAAAUGAAGAUUCUACUGAAUUUUCGUAAUGGGAUUAUCUUAGUACAGACUGACAAACCCAUCUACACACCCAAGCAAACGGUCAAUAUUCGUGUCAUUCCUCUCGACUUCAACCUCUUCCCGUCGAAAAAGAAGCUAACGAUAAUCGUUAAGAAUCCACAAGGAAUACGGGUUCAACAAUGGAAGAACCUCAACACUGAUACAGGUUUCAUCUCAGAGAAUCUUCAUCUUSGAGAAUUCAUCUUGAAAGGGAACUGGACUAUAGAUGCYUACUUCGACGGACUGGUUAUCUAUAACACGUCCACAGUGUUUGAAGUUAGAGAAUAUGUUUUGCCCAAGUUUUCCGUCAAGAUCACGGGACCACCGCAUAUCCUACCAAAACAGAAGAAACCCACUUUCUAUGUCACAGCGAGAACCACGUAUGGCAGGCCUGUCCUUGGUGUUGCCUCGAUACGCGUUAAAAUCGUUGGUUUUAAGCAAACGCCGUUUGCAAUCACUUCAUUCAGACAACUUCUGAAAAAAGAUGGCGUCCAGUUUUCGAUCACAAAGCAACACAUCGAAUUAUUAGAUCGAAACAUCUGGUUUCCUGAGGGAUGUCGACUGCACAUUGAAGCGUCAGUAACCGAGAAAUCAACUGGAAUCACAGAGACAGCGAUUGAAAACUCAAUACUCUUCACUUCUUCGCCUUAUCGUAUAAMGUUUACUAACACAGCGAGAUACUUCAAACCUGGAAUGCAGUUUCCAAUCAAGAUUCAAGUAACUGAUACCUGGAAGAAGCCCCAGGCUAAUAUGCCUGUAAAAAUCUCUUCUAAAGGAAUCAAACAAGAUGGUAGUGUUGUUGAUAUGGUGCAAUCAGCAUUGAGANGGCUUUGUCAUGCAUUGUCGCAAUUAUUGUCAUUCAUUUUUUGUAAUUUACAGGCUGAGACUAACCUCCCUAAUUUUGAUAACAACGGCGGUAAAGAAUAUGUAAUCAACAAGUACUCCUCUCCAUCAAACGAAUAUUUGAUGGUACGACAGCGAAARCCCGUUCAGGUUGGACAAAACGUCUUUUGUGAAGCGUUCGUCAGCAGUAAAACUGUGGAACGACUCCAUUACAUGGUCAUCGCGCGUGGUCAAAUCGUGCACCAAAACGUAUACAAGGAAAAGAUUGGUCUCAUGAAGACAAUAGUUUUCGAGGCCACACCGGUGAUGUCGAUAUCUUCACGUCUUGUCGCAUACUAUGUUCUUAAGAAUGGUGAARUUAUCUCGGAUACCACUACUCUCGAUAUCACAGAUUCUUUUCCUAAUAAGAUCAGCAUUAAAGACCCAAAAGAUAACGAAGAAUAUCCAGGCAUGGAAUACAAAGUAGAGGUUUUUGGAGAAAAAGGCACUCGUGUUGGUCUUCUUGCAGUAGAUCAAAGUGUUUACCUCUUAAGAAAUGAAAACAGGCUAACGCCGAAAAGUGUUUUCGACAAACUAGAGGAACUCGAUCUUGGAUGUGGAACAGGAAGUGGUAAAGACUCCAAAGACGUUUUCAAGAAUUCAGGACUGUCUGUGAUGACAAAAUCGCUUGUUAGCGACGGCAGACAAGACUUCACGUGUCAAGAUGCUCCCCAGAGACGAACCAAAAGAGGCUUAGGUGCCAAAAAUGCCAUCGACUGUUGUAAACUUGGAGAAACAGUUGACAUCAAAAAGUGGAAUUGCUUGAAAAGAGCUUUUGAUCUGGAUGUACCACAAUAUCAGUUUGACAAGCAGGCACGUUAUCAGUGCAAAAAGCAGUUCUUCAUAUGUUGCAAGAACAAGUUUGGAUUAAAAGGUGUAGGCAUGCUGGGAAGAAGCGCAGCUAAUCACGAUUUGAUGUUUCAAGAUGAAGAGGAGAAUCUCAACGCCAUUCAGAUUCGUAGUUUCUUUCCUGAGACAUGGUUMUUUGAGGAAAGGAUCAUCAGGGAUUUAGCCAGCAGGAAAACUUGUCAAGCAAACCUUAAACGUGAUUUAUGCCAUGCUGCUUCUCUGCCAGCCACAGUACCACACACUAUUACCACGUGGAUCGUGCAAGCCAUAGCURUCUCCAACACCUCAGGAUUUGGCAUUGCUAAACCAAGGCAUUUAACUGCAUUUAAAAGCGUUUUUGUCUCAUUGACCAUGCCUUACUCGGCACAACGCGGGGAACAGAUCACCAUAUUGGCUACAGUGUAUAAUUAUGGAAAAAAGGAACUUAAGGUCCAUCUCAGGCUCUAUGGAAAUGAAGGUUUUUGCUCUAUUGCUGACCCUCGCUCGCAUAAACCAACAAAAAUCACAAAGAAACCCCUUACCAUUAAGGCAAAAGAUUCCAUAUCAAUUCCAAUAACAAUUGUUCCAAUCAAGUAUGGUCUGGUUCCAGUAAAGGUGCUUAUAAACACUAAUGACUUUUCUGCAGCAGGAGAUGGUGUUGAGAGGAAUCUGUUGGUCAUUCCUGAAGGAGCAGAGAAGCUCAAGACACAAUCAUUCAUUCUCGAUCCUCAAGGUGUUCUCAAAGAUUCCAAGCAAAACGGCGAAAAGAAUGACAWCGAUAUUAAAAAUUCAACGUUUCCUUGGCAACAAAUUUUUAACAAAGCUCAAAACAAGCAAAUUGAUAACAUCGUUGUUGCCGUUCCAAUAAGCAGCAUCCCUGAGUCYGUGAAUGCUAKGAUUUCGUUUACCGGCAAUUUGAUUGGUCCAGUUGUAACAAAUCUCAUCACUGGUGGACUUGAAGGUCUACUGCGCAUGCCCACUGGUUGUGGUGAGCAGACGAUGAUCUACAUGUCCCCUAAUGUUUACGUACUACAAUAUCUAUCAAAUACAAAACAAGUGACAGCAAGUGUCGAGGCCAAGGCUUACAGAUUCAUUGAAUCAGGGUACAAACGAGAGCUCAACUAUCGUCGUAAUGAUAAUUCCUUCAGUGCAUGGGGAAAUAGUCGACCUGGUAGCACUUGGCUCACCGCGUUUGUGGCCAAAGUAUUCUGUGAGGCGAGCAAGUUCGACGGAGUUCAGAUCGAUGAGAAUGUCAUGUGUAGUUCCAUCCAGUGGCUGAUUAAGAAUCAACGCGUCGACGGUGCUUUUCCUGAGGUCCAUCAUGUCAUACACAGGGAAAUGGUGGGGGGUGUCUACCAUAAUGGCGACAUUGCUAUCACAGCGUUUGUCGUCACAGCUCUACUGGAGUGUAAAUGUCAUCAGGUCAGUAACACUGCAGCUUUGACAAAGGCAAUAACCUACCUCGAAAAUAACUUGGACAACAUGAAUGAUCCUUACAGCAUUGCCAUUACAACAUAUGCAUUGGCAAUGGCCAACAGCCCAGAACAACACAAAGCCAACACCAAACUAACGCAACUCGCUCAUUUUGACCCAGCACAUGUAAGCCGUCAUUGGAAAGCAGGAGGGCAUGCGCUAAACAUAGAGACCGCUGCAUAUGCACUACUGGCUCAACUUGCAUUAAAUCGUUUGAAGUACGCAGGUCCUAUUGUUACGUGGUUGACUGAGCAAAAGAACUCAGGGGGCGGCUUCAAGUCCACUACUGAUACCUGUGUCGCGUUGCAGUCUCUUGCCAAAUACAGUGAGCAAACCGCUGGUGCAAAACUUGACCUCAAAAUCACCAUCAAACCGUCGUCGCAGGGGUCUAAUAAUCCGAGAUCAAUAAACAUCAAUAAUCAAAAUGCUUUACUGCAGCAAUCAGUCGACAUUUACCAUUACUUAAGGCAAGAACCAGUUGAUUUUGUCAUUGAGACAUCCGGAACUGGAGUAGCACAAAUGCAGUUCAAAGUGAUGUAUAAUCUUCCUAUGACCAAAGAAGAAAAGUGUGCCUUUUCGAUAAACUCUACAUUAACGAAUGUAGAUUCGGGAGCUAGUUUCACCAUGAAUGAUGCACCCGCUGGGCCCGGCAAACUGUCAGCUGCCGAAAWAGAACRAAGAAGAAAAGCAGAGAGAAGAUGCAAACGAAAGCAAAACAAGAGAAAACGAAGGAGGUGCUUAAAAAGAUUAGAAAGAAAAUACAACAAGAAGAACAAUAAAAAGCCCGACAAGAAGAAGAAGCCCAAGACUGAAGCACCACGUGAACUUGUGAUCAAUGUUUGUACCCGAUACAAGAAACCAGGAAAGACAGGAAUGGCCAUCGUGGACGUUGGAAUUCUGACUGGUUAUAGAGYUGAUGAAGUGUCAUUGAAGAAGUUGAUGAAGAAGAUGAAUGACACAAUUGCCAAUUAUGAAWACUCUGAAAGAUCCGUUGUAUUCUAUUUGGAUUCGAUUGACAGUACCAAAGAAGUGUGUAUUGGCGUCAAACUCGAACGUUUUGUAGCAAUGGGGGCAGUCUACCCAAUGCCUAUUAAAGUCUACGAUUACUACGAACCGGACGUCUCGUGUACCAAGUACUAUGGUCUUGGCAAGGGCGCUACAGAAAUUGGCAGCUGUAAUGGCGAUAAGUGUAUUUGCACACAAGACAAAUGCGCAGCGUUGAAUCCCAGCAUCCAGGACCAUGAUAAGUUAGUUCUAAAGAUCUGCAAUGAGUAUAGCUUCGCGAUCGUAGCGACGGUAAUUCAUGUGGACGAGGAGAACUCAUGGCUAACAUAUCACGUGARGGUUCAAGAAGUCAUCAAGAAUGGCAAUAAAAACAUCAUGAAAGGCGAAAUCAUUCAAUUUUGGAAGAGAGGGUCUUGUUUAAGCCCAAAUCUUUCCAAARGACAGUUGUACUUGAUCAUGGGAAGAGACAAGGCUGGUAAAUACAUUAUCGAUAACAGUGCCUUCGUUGCUGAUGUUGCACGUGGAUCUCUCUCGGCUGUGGCUCAGCGAAUACAAAAUGGAGAAUGUGAUUAGAUCACAACGGGAUUUUGAUGAUUAAAGACAAUAAAUAGUUAGAUAUCUCACAAAAAAUAUGACAUACUUAGACAACAGUUCAAGUUAAAACAUUUUCAGCUUAUAAAAUAUAUAUCAAAGGUUCAUAAAGCUAUGAACUAUAAUACAUCACUCAAUUUUCCUGUUUUAAGAGAGAGAAAUCAUAAUCAAACAGUAGUAAAAUUCGUUCUUUGUUGUUUUUCUUUCCGUCUGUUGUCAGGGAAGCUUUUGUGAGAAGGGAAAAYAGAGCAAAUAUAGAUCUUUUUGUAAAACAAAAUCAGUGUGCCUAAAAACAUGAUAUUUGCCAUCUUGAGUGCAUA